GCCGGCUUGGAUUAUACCCGGAGAAUGCGGUACGUGGCAACUGUGAACGUCACAUUUAUACUGAUAACACAACGUCCUUCCGAUCUUGGGCGGAGCCAUUUAGUUGGUGUUUUGUCCCGGUGGAAGGUGCACCUCGCGCUGGCUCUCCUGCCGCUCUUCAUGUUGUUAUAUCAUCAGGGCUCUUACUGUGGCUCUCACGGAACAGUUCUAGAGAGUCGUGCAAGUGGUCGAGAGGGCCAAUAAAAAUGUGGUGUUAGAUGGCGGAAAUUCCCAGCUGCCUUCUUUGAGCCAGCUGAUGACUGUGUGUGUAUAAUGAACCAGUGGAGAGGACUGUGUAAUGGACUAGUCUCGUCCUACCGUGUGGACUGUGUCAGCGUAAUGAACCAGUGGAUAGAACAGUGUUGGUGUGUGUGAGAUCAUCCAGGAUCCAUUGAGGUUUAAAGCUUGUGACGUUACACUUGGAUAAUCACCAUGAAGGAUUCCGGCUGUUGCUGCUACGUCGUCACGUGUUGCUACACCACCAGUGUUGCUGCUACGUCGUGUGUUGCUACACCACCAGUGUUGCUGCUACGUCGUGUGUUGCUACGUCGUGUGUUGCUACACCACCAGUGUUGCUGCUACGUCGUGUGUUGCUACACCACCAGUGUUGCUGCUACGUCGUGUGUUGCUACACCACCAGUGUUGCUGCUACGUCGUCACGUGUUGCUACACCACCAGUGUUGCUGCUACGUCGUGUGUUGCUACACCACCAGUGUUGCUGCUACGUCGUCACGUGUUGCUACACCACCACAGUUGCUGCGUCGUCGUAUGAUGCAGUGCAUUGUCACCUUCGUGUGCUAUGUAUCACUGGCAGAGCGAAGCAGGCAGCAAGAAGUCUUCUGUGGAUGACAUGGUCCUUCUCACUAAGAUAACAGAGGCUGCCAUUACAGACAACUUAAAGCGGAGACUCUUAGAAGACAAAAUAUACACAUACAUCGGUCCUGUGCUUGUGGCUGUCAACCCAUUCAAGCAGCUUCCAUAUUUUGGGGAUCGCGAGAUAGAGCUUUACCAGGGUGCGGCACAGUAUGAAGUCCCUCCACACAUUUACUCUCUUGCAGACACCAUGUAUCGCAACAUGUUGAUUGACAAUGACAGUCAAUGUGUCAUUAUUAGUGGUGAGUCUGGGGCAGGCAAGACAGUCUCUGCCAAAUUUAUAAUGAACUACAUCACACGAAUAUCAGGAGGUGGACAGAGAGUACAACAAGUAAAGGAGAUUAUUCUGGAGUCAAACCCUCUGCUGGAGGCCUUUGGAAAUGCCAAGACAACCAGAAACAAUAAUUCCUCUCGAUUUGGCAAGUAUAUAGAAAUCCAGUUCUCAAGAGGAGGCGAGCCCCUUGGAGGACGAAUAUCUAAUUUUCUACUGGAGAAAUCACGAGUACAUUCCCUAAACGAAGGAGAGAGGAGCUUUCAUAUUUUCUAUCAAAUAUGUGCAGGUGCUACAGCUGAUAUGAAGAGUGAACUGGGCAUUGCUUCUCCAGACUAUUAUUCCUACCUAAACCAAAGUGGUGUUUAUAAGGUCGAUGGCACUAAUGAUGCUCAUGAUUUCCAAGAGACACUGAGAGCAAUGAGUGUGAUGGGCAUACCAGAGAACACACAACUCGACAUUCUCCGCAUUGUUGCAGCAAUUCUCCACAUAGGCAACAUUUCCUUCACUGAAGAUAACAAUGCAUCCUUCAUCAUGGAUCCAAACUAUUUGCAGUUCCCAGCAUUUCUCCUGGGAAUUGAUGCUCAACUCCUGGGUCAGAAGCUUAUCAGCCGUGUGUUUGAUGGCAAAUGGGGUGGAAAAUCCGAGAGGGUGGAUGUGACUCUAAACACAGAGCAGGCGCAGUUUGCAAGAGAUGCCUGGACCAAAGGAUUAUAUUCUAGAUUAUUUGACUAUAUUGUAGAGACGGUAAAUAAAGCCAUGGUCACUGAUGCAAAUUUGAUAAGCAUUGGUAUUCUUGACAUAUAUGGAUUUGAAAUAUUUAGCAAGAAUGGAUUUGAACAAUUCUGCAUCAACUAUGUGAAUGAAAAAUUACAGCAAAUUUUCAUUGAGCUGACUUUGAAGAGUGAACAGGAAGAAUAUUUAGCGGAGGGUAUUAAAUGGACACCAAUCAACUACUUUGACAACAAAAUUGUUUGUGACCUUAUAGAAAGCAAACGACCACCUGGCAUCAUGUGCAUACUUGAUGAUACCUGUGCCACCAUGAGUGCAAAAUCUGAAGGUGCUGAUGAUGACUUUCAUCGUAAGAUGGAUUCACAAGUUGGAACAAACCCACACUACCAAAAAUUCAAUAAUGGAUUUACUAUCAAACACUAUGCUGGCAAUGUCUCGUAUCACGUUGAAAGUUUCUGUGAGAAAAACCGGGACGUUCUCUUCGUUGAUAUCAUUGAGGUAAUGCAAAUGAGCAGCAAUGCAUUCAUUCGCAGCCUCUUCCCAGAUGUGAUUCAGGCUGGUGUGAAGGGUAGGCCAACCACGGCUGGCACCAAGAUAAGAACACAGGCAAAUGAGCUUGUCACCACUCUCGUGAAGUGCGUGCCACACUAUAUUCGUUGUAUUAAACCAAAUGAGACUAAAAGGCCUCAUGAUUGGGACGAUCAAAUGGUAAAACAUCAGGUAGAAUACCUCGGCUUGAAGGAAAACAUCAGAGUGAAAAGAGCUGGCUUUGCCUAUCGACGCCCAUUCCAAAAGUUCCUGCAUAGAUACGCAAUCUUAACUAAGGAUACAUGGCCUUCGUGGCAUGGCGAGCCAACGCAAGGCAUACAUAUAAUCAUGACGAGCGUGAACAUGGACCCCAGCCAAUAUCAGAUUGGCAGGAGUAAAAUCUUCGUAAAGGAUCCAGAAUCUCUGUACAUGCUUGAAGAGUGUAGAGAGCGCAGAUAUGACCACUUCGCCCGAAUUAUCCAGCAGGCAUUCAAGAAAUACUACAGCAAACGGCGAUAUUUGAAGGAACGACUGGAAGCUAGUGAUCUCUUGGUCAAUCGUAAGGAACGGCGUAGACACUCCCUUAAUAGAAACUUUCAUGGAGACUACAUUGGUGUAGAGUACAAACGAGGUCUCUCUUCUUUGAUUCCCAGAAGAGAAAAGGUUGAAUUUGCAUUGACUGUGGAUAAAUUUGAUCGCAGGUUCAGACAAACCAAACGUGACCUGAUUGUAACAAAAUCAAAUCUGUAUCUAAUUGGGCGGAUGCAAGUUAAGAAAGGUCCUGAAAAAGGAGCAAUUCUGGAUGUUAUCAAGAGGAAGAUUGACCUGGAAAAUGUUAUCCAGGCAACGUUAUCAACAUAUCAAGAUGAUCUGGUACUGCUUCAUAUUCGCAAUGACUAUGAAUCCCUGCUAGAAAUUAAAUUUAAGACAGAAUUUUUAAUGGUGCUCAACCGCAAACUUAAAGAGCGGUGUAACAGAGAACUGCCUUUGAAUUUUAUCAACAGCUUUGACUACAGAGUAAGAAAGACAGGAUGGGGUGGUGGUGGUGUACGGAAGGUAGUGUUCACCGACGGUGCUACGGAUAAGGCGCAACUCGUCCCCUCCGGGUCAACAUUGACAGUUAAAGUUGCUCAUGGGUUGCCUAGUACUUCAAGGCCUGGUUUGCAACGAGAGAUACCCCCAGACUUGCGAAGUUUCACCAACAAUCUGAGAGUUUCUGCUAACAUUCCAAACAACAAUAGAUAUCCCCAUCAAAAUGCACCACAAGUCCACAGACCAACAGGACCGGUUCACAGACCAGGAGGACUUAUCCACAGACCAGAGGAACCUGUCCACAGACCUACAGGACCUAUCCACAAAAGUGCUAAGCAUAUCCAUAGUGCUGGAGUGCCACCUAGGCCUCAGGGACCAGCUCCUGUACCCCCAGGCUUGCAGGAAUCUCCACCACGUCUGGGUAGAGGCAGUGGUCACAGUCCCUCUGGCCCUCUUAUUAUUCGACCGCCAUUGACCGGAAACCCUCCCUUUAGAUUACCUGUAUCAACUGCCCCAAUUCCCCCGAUGCAGCCACCUCCACCACCUUCAGAUCCUCCACCUGCUAAUCAACCCACAAUUGGAUCUGGAAAUAAGCUACAUUCUAGUCGUUUAGGUACAAAUCGACCACCUGCAGCCAUUUCAACAAGGCCACCAGUAGAAAAACCAAAACCAAAAGUGCCUCAAGUUCGGGCCAUAUACAAUUAUGAUGCAAGUGAUGUAGAUGAGCUGACCUUUGUAGAAAAUGAUGUGCUCCAGCUGGUACAAGAAGAUGCAUCUGGGUGGUGGACGUGCAAGUUUCGUGGCCGACAGGGUUUCUGCCCUGCUAACUACCUUGAAAAAAUUUAGCUUGUCAUUACUUCAUUUAUUUUUCAUAGCCUUGUAGCAAGCAGUUAUAGAUAAUAUAUUUAUUAAUACAUAGCUUUUCAUUGCCCAUACAGUGUGUUCAUAGUAUUCUUGUACAGUAAAUGGGAGUGAAAAUAAAAGCAAUGUAAACUAUGACGUGAAGAAAUACCUAUAAGGUAUUAUUGUGAUCGUUCCUGCUCAUGAAGUACCGAUCCAUACAGUGUAUGGUGGAGAUACCCAGGUAAGUGUUAGUGUUACCAGUGUUCCCUUUAUAUAUACUUAUAAUUCAUUUAUAAAUAUUUAUAUCGAUAAAUUUUCUUUCACUCUGCUUUCAGUAUGAAAAGGGAAUCAAGUAAAAUCUCAAGUAAAAAUUCUAAAAGUCUGUAAGCUAUUUUUUUUUGUCUUUGGCAAGUACAGUAAAAGAAAUAAAUAUUAUAUUUAUAAAAUUACUUUAUUGCUAAUUAAAGCUCAGAAUGUGAUGUGCAUCAGGGUGUUUUGUAUUACAGGUAUAUAUUGUACAGUUUAAUAUAGUUUUCCAUGUCAAGAUAAACAAUUGUCAAUAGAACCACAGCUUUUAAACACAGAGAUGACCAUACUGGUCUAAGGGUCUUUGUAUUUGAGUUUUGAAGUCGUUACAAUCUGCAGACACUAGUAAUAAAAGGUGAGCAGUUUCCUUAAGCAGAGAGAUGGGUGGUCAUGAAGAACAACUUGGAAAAUGUUCCUUAUUCACCUGCUGGUCUUCAUUGCUAUUAAUUGCAGCAUGGACAGGAAGCUGGUGGCUUGGAAAAGGAAAAUACUGUAAUGGAAUGUAAGACAAUUAUCUACAUUAAAUGCUAAAUUUAAUUAUCAAAUUUAUGCUACUUAAAUUUUAUUAUGUAAAUAUUUCUGCCAUUAUCCUUUGACAUACUGAAAAUAUUAACCAGAUAAAUUAGAUUGUAUAAUACACAGUAAGUUCCAUUGAAUGUAAAUUUGAGUUGACUUUAAUUAUCUGAUAUUAAAACAUUAAUCAGUUCAGAUACAUUGAGCAUGGCACAGCAGAUGAUGUGUGCAUCACUGUCAAGAGGAAAUACCAUUUGGUCUGAUCAGUAACUGGAUAGGUGAACAGGUGGACAGUCUCGCUCCUAGCUAAAGACCUCAAUAAGCCUAACGUCCUGCACCUGACAAUAAUAUACCGGUAAAUUAAAAUAAUUGUUUAUUUAGAUUUCAUUUCGUGUUGGGAAAUUACUUCAUCGCUAUCAAAGUGAAUAUCAUAUGCUAAAUGUUCAUUAACCAUAUACUGUGUAUUAGCUUACUUCCUAUACUUGUAGUAUUAUGGUCUGUAUUGCCCCAGAAAUAUUUACCUGAGGGCCACUAACACACUAGUGGCUUCAAUGAGGACAGAAAGCCAGCAGCUUGUCAAAGGUCCCCCCUCCCCCUCUCCAUUUGACCUGAUGAUUUUUUCCAGUUGGAUUUUCAAAUUUAACAGUUUUAGCAUUUCCGGCUUCAGAGGGUAGGCGGUUCCAUGGGUUUAAAACCCUGUGGGUGAAAAAGCAUCUCCUGUUCUCAGUCCUACAUUGUGGCUUGUUGAGCUUGAAAUUGUUACUCCUUAUUUAUGUUACAUCUGACCUUUUGAAGAGUCUGGAGCAACAUCUUCCAAAUUGUUCAGUUUCAAUGGGAUCAACACUAUCAUGCCUUGUUUGCAGUGUUGUUAGCCCUGUGGCCCUCAACCGCUCCUCGUAUAUAACUCGACAAUAGUCUGGGCAUAGAGGAGAAAACCCAGAAUUAGAAAUGUUUUAAAUUUAAGAAAAAUAUCUAGAAAUAGAAAUUGAUAAUUAAUAGCAUUUAAAAUUUUUGGUUUGAUCUCCCAUCAUCAGGAUAGAUCCCUCUAGCCGAUUGAAAGUGUGUCCGGGAAAUCACCCAACUAGUUACUGGCCAAACUCAAUGGUGUUUAAUCGGCUGACCAGGUGAUGUACUCACCAUACACUAAAAUUAAUUUGGUCCCCAAAGUUCAUAUCUUUCAGAGUUUUAUAGUACUUACUUAAUCACACACACACUUCCUUUUUUAUAUACAAGUAUAUACAGUAAUGUUGUUUCAUAAUGCAUUGAUUAAUCUCAAAAGGAUGAUCCAUAAAACAUGUAAUACCAGCACCCAAUAUGUCAGAGAUUUGCAUAAACUAUUAGACUAACUAUGCAACAUGAUUUGUAUCAAAAGUUCAUACAGUACUUGUAUAUCUUCCAAAAAUAUCAAAUAAAUGUUUAAGAUAAGAAUUAAAAAGAAUUAAAAUGAAUACAUGUCUUCAAAACUAUUUAUUGAAUAGAAAAUUUGUUUCCACAAGUAGGAAAUGUUCAAAUGCCAGUAUAGUAUCAUGAUAUUAGGUCACUAAUUGUUUAAAUUGUGUUAUAUCCUGAGAUCCUUUGUAGACUUCAUCUGCAAAUAACUUAUUACUGGAUUGAGCUCUAGAACAGAUUCCAUAUAAAUCAUAAAGGAACAGUGUACAGUAUUUGUGACCGGUAAAGAUUGGACACCUUUCUGUACCCUCCAUGAAUACAGUAUAUUGAAAAACCCCAUUAUCCAGUGCCCUAAUUUCCUGAGUAUCAGACAAAUUUCCUAUUCUCCUCUGUCAUUAACCAUAACAUGUCUGGUUAAUGGUGGUAAUUUCAUUCAUCCGUGAAAUUUUGGCAGUGGAUGACACUAUUUAUACCAAAUAACAAUAAUUUAAUUGGUUUCCUAUAUAUGCAUUAGUGCAUUCCUGUUAAAACACAAUUACUGUACAGAUAUUUUUAGUACAUGUGUAUGAUAAAACAAAUACCAAAAUAAAAACGUUAAAUGAAUUACA